AUGCCUGAAAGUUUGAUCCACGUCUUAUUAAAUCCUAUUCCUCAGUAUGUGUUAGGUGUCUUCCCAGGUAUAGCAAUAAAUGGAGAUACACCAAUGGAAAAGUUAACUAUGAAGCUGGGCUGGGUACUACGAUGUCUCGGUUGUCCAUUUACUGGGAUGUUUUACGCUUGCAACGUCGGAACUGACAAAGUAGCAAUCUGUACUUACUGGAUUUCAUCAGACAAAUUUAUACAACAAGAUGGACAAAAUCUUUCCAGCAGGCCCAUUGGGACUCAUACUAUGACACUCAAUUUGGAUAAGGAUCGUAUAAGACAAUGCACAGGAAGAGCAUCUGUUUUAGAUAGAAUGUCAUCAAUUGUGUCGGUAUAUUUUAUCGUAGUUGGUGUAAUAUCAGGAAUAUCCAAGUUGCAUAAACCACCGAACGAGGAACCUUGUGAGGAUUGGCCAUAUAUACCAAUGUUAUUGUUUUGGACAGUUCCAGCGACCAUCAAGAGAAUAUUUUGGGGAAACCUCAUCUUUAAAGAUCCAAACGAAAUAUUUGAAGAUAAUGUAAUAACCGUACAAGAUAUCGGUCCUAUUAAAAAAAAUCAUCUAAUAGUCACCGUUACACUUACAGCUUUGGUAUCAAUAUUCCUUCCUUGGUUAACAGUAUUCCUGGCCUACUAUACGCCCCCAAUAGGAUAUUUUUGUCGUAGCAAAUAUCUCACCACAGUGUGUGCCAUAUGGUCCUUCAACAGUCUUAUUGCAUAUAUAGUUCACUUGAAAGGAGAACGUCACGUGUCCGAUCGGUUUUUUCAUGUGUGGUUUUCUAUUUGCGGUUUUGUAGUGGCAUUUUUGUUGCUAGCUCUGGGCAUCCUGGCCGAAUUUAGCGAGUUGUGGACUGUCUUUUCAAGUAGUUGUGAUAUUUCAAGUUCAUGUACUAGAGGCGUGUAG